UUCCCUCACUGUCAAUCAAAAUAGAAAAAAAUCGACCCGAAUUCACCGAUCAACACAAGCCCGCCUUUGAUAAAAGAUAAUAAUGUUCGGAGUUUAGUUGAUCAGAUAAUCUUUCGAUUAUUACAAUUCACGAUAUGACUGGUACAUAACAUUUAACCCAUCGAAGCAUACAACCAACCGCGCCAGAGCAACGUUUGAAACAAGAGGAAAUGGCUACCGCGGACGUGGAAGGCAGUCAAAGCGAAUUCCUACAGCACGGCGGAGCCUCGGAAAACCAGACCACAGACAUGACCGCCAUCCAGCUAACAAGUUCAGACCGUUGGGAGUUGUUAACCCCGGUCUCGACCGGGAAGGAUGCGCAGCAGGGAGUCGUCCACAUUCCUAACUCUGGCAUGAUGACCUCUAACGGCCAGUAUGUUCUCCCUAUCGGGAACAUGGACAGUCAGCCCAUCUACGUCACAGCAUCUGGCAACGACGGCUCAGCCAACGGAGUGUCCAGCAUACAAUACCAGAUCCACAACUCAGAUGGAACUCUGGCAGGCUUCUCUGCGCAGGGAUUGGACGAUGGCUCGGGCCAAAUCCAGCUCAUCCAGGACGGUAGCCACGGCAAUAUCGGAAUCAGCAUCGCCACGACGACAACCUCUGACCUCCUAACGCAGGCCGGGCAUAUGCAGCAGAUUCAGGGCGUGUCAUUGGCCGGGGGCACGACCUAUAGCGGCGCGGUUCCCAUGGGGCUGUCGGGGGGUAACAUAACUUUCCUCCCUAUCAACAGCAUAGACCUCGAAUCACUAGGGCUUGCCGGCGCUCAGACGGUUCCCAUAGCAACGACGACCGACGGUCAGCUGAUCAUGGGCUCCCAAGCGCUGGAGGGGCAGGAAGGUGCAGCCAAACAGCUAGCGACCCUAGUUAGUGAAGCUAACGGUAACACAGACCUCUAUGUGCCAACAACCUCAUCAUCCCAGCUGCCUGAGACCAUCGACGGGACCGGGGUUCUGACCCAAGCUACUGCCGUGUCUGCCGGGGUUUCAGACCCAUCCUCAGAGAACUACAACUCACACAACCACCUGCAGCAAAUACAGGUGUCCACCUCUCAUGCCUCGUCCCUCUCGCAGCCCAUCCUACAGCUGUCGGGGGACAACCAGGGGGCUCAGGGACAGGAUCUAUCCCAGUCUGGGCAGACGCUCCAGAGUGUCCAGCUCGUCAACCCUGGAACCUUCCUCAUCCAGGCCCAGACAGUCACUGCUUCGGGACAGAUACAGUGGCAGACCUUCCAGGUCCAAGGGGUCCAGUCUCUGCAGGGCCUCCAGCUCCCCCAGGUCCAGGGGGGCCAGCAGCUGACUCUGGCCCCAGUCCAGGGCCUCUCUAUGGGUCAGGGAGGAUCCAUCACCCUGCCUAACCUCCAGACUGUUACAGUCAACUCUAUAGGACAGCCAGGGAUACAAUACACACAGGGAGAGGAGGCCGGCAGUCCUGCAGACAUCCAGAUAAAGGAGGAGCCAGACUCUGAAGAGUGGCAGCUGAGUGGUGACUCCACCCUCAACCCCAGUGACAUCAACAACCUGCGUGUCCAGAUGGAUGACGAAGACAUGGACAUGUCCACUGGGGAGGGCAAGAGGUUGAGGAGAGUCGCCUGCACCUGUCCCAACUGUAAAGAGGCUGGAGGGAGAGGGUUGAGUCUUGGUAAGAAGAAGCAGCAUAUCUGUCACAUCGUGGGCUGUGGGAAGGUGUACGGUAAGACUUCUCACCUCAGGGCUCACCUCAGAUGGCACAGCGGAGAACGGCCCUUCGUCUGCAACUGGAUGUUCUGUGGCAAGCGGUUUACCCGGAGUGACGAGCUACAGAGACACAGACGGACACACACGGGAGAGAAGAAGUUUGUGUGCGCACAGUGUUCAAAGAGAUUCAUGCGUAGCGACCAUCUGGCCAAACAUAUAAAGACUCACCAGAAUAAAAAAGGUGUGGCUUCCUCCUCAUUGUCUCCGCCCCCCAGCGACACCAUCAUCACCGCAGACGGAACCACCCUCAUCCUUCAAUCAGCUGCUGGUGCCCAUGACCUCCUAGGCAAUCAGGAGAUCCCACUGCAGCUGGUCACCGUGGCGCCCGGUGAGGUCAUGGAAUGAGGGCGUGGCUUAUAGACUGGCCAAUAAACAGGGACCGUGUGGGCUUUUCUCUCCCAUUUUUUUUUUAUAUAUGAAUAUAUAUAUAUACGUAAAUAUAUAUGACAAAUAUAUAUAUAUUUUAAGUAAGAGUUAUCAUGACUUUAUGUUUUUUAUUUGCAGUCUUUUUAUAGGCAGGCAAACAAAUGACAUUCAAUGUUGUCUCUAUGUACACACAAACAAAGAUGCACACACACUCUCGCAAACAUGAAUACUCACUACGAAAUGCCUUAUUUUGUAUCAUACUGUUGUAUAAAAUGCUGGAGAUGCAUGUGUUUUUUAAGCUUUUGCAGAUCAUGUAAUUGUGUUAGGACGCAAGGAAUAGGAAAAGUGUAGUAGCCCUCUCUCUAGAGCGAUUGACUAUAUUGAAUCAUCAAUCGCUUUCUCUAGAGUGGGUGUUUGUGUAUUGAGAGACUACAUGUGGCUUCAUUAACUCUUCACCUGAAACGACAGGCAUAACACCCUUUUAAGACCUUGUGAACGCUGUCAUAGCCAUGAUAUAACACUUUCUUUCUUUAAAUUAUAAAACACUGACGGAGUUUAUAACAACCAAUAUCUGCAUAAUGUUAGACCUUUAAUGUAGUGGUAGAGUUGGGCUUGCACAUUGAUUCUCCAACACAUACCUUUUAUUUGUUAACAAUGUUCUGAUCAAUUAAUGUUUGGAUUGAUUGAAACUUUGCUAACCAAUAAAGUUAUGUCUGUGUGGACACUUUUUAUUUUAUAUAUAUAUUUUAUUUCCAUGUAGAUUUUUUUCCAGCCCUGUACCCCAUGAAAGUGAUGUGACCUCAUGCUAUUAAAGCUUGUGGCAUGCCCUGUAGUUUCAGGUGAAGCGUUAUUAGUGGUUGGAUUGAUUUGGUGAUAAGUUGGCCUGACAUGCUGAUCUAGGGUCAGUUUAGCGUUUACCCCCUUAAUGUUUGAGGUUAGGAUUUGGAGAGGGUAACCUGAUCCUAGAUCUGCCUGAAGGAAACUUUGACCCACAGCAGAAUGUUUGAACGGUUUUUUUUCACAUUUGUGUUGUAUAGUCACAUUUUAUAUUCUGUUUCUAUGACUAGCUUAGUCUGGGACUUGUCAGAAGGAAGCGUCUCAUAUCGGUUUUUACCCAUGGAAUUAAAAUGAGUUAAAAUGACACAGGUCUGAAAAUCAACUCGAUUUCUCAAUCGCCCACCCAAAAUGGUGGCAACAUUUUGAACUUGCCAUUUUUGCAUUUCUGGAACAGCUGAGGUUCACUGACCAGUAUAUUUAACAUUUCAAAUGGUACAUCAAAUAUGGCUGCUGGAGCACGCACCCACUGCAAGACAUUUAGUGGAGUCCAAUUUUCUACCCUUCUCCUGAAGUGUGUACUCGUUCACUCACCCUCAUGGAUUUAAAUGGAACUUAUUGGGAGUGGAUUAGGGUGGAAACUUCCUCCAGACAUUUUUCUACCAAUCCAAUGCACACAUCUGGGUGAGGUGUAGAAUCUGAAUCGCAAUAUUCAAUUCUACUCAUUCGAAUUCUAUAAUGUUCCCACUCUCUUGCUAGUUGCUACUCAUUGUAAAGGAAACAAUCAUGCCAUUAUUAUUUCUAACUGUUAUUGUAAUCUUUCCUUGUCAGUAUGUGCAUGUCUUAGCGUCCACUUACCUGUAUAUUAUCUUCUAUUCACAUUGUUUAUAGAAGCCAUUUUCUUUAGAUAAAUAAUUUUCUUGUAUCAAAAGCUUAUUUUAAUUUUUUUUUUUUUAAGAAAGUGUCAAAUUUUAAUGUUACUUUUUGUAAAACCUUUUUUCAAAUGGAUCAUAAUUAAAGCCUGAAUCCUUCCAAUGACA